AGAAAUAAACAUGGCGGACGGCUGUGUUUUGUUGCGGUCAGUGUUAGAUGUUGACGGCAAGUCCUUUGACGUUAUUUUAUCAGGCACAUCUAUUUCAUGGGGACAUGUGGGUAUAGAAGAAUCUGGACUUGGUAAUGCCUUUUUCAAGAAGACCUUAUCUUUGUCUGAGGUCUUUGCAGUUGUGCCUAAUAAAAUAAAGACUGUGCAGUCCACAGAAGGAGAAAUUGAGUUAGCUUCAUUUAAAAGUUCCUCAUUCUGUGUUUAUGCUGUCAAGAGAACAAGGAAACACAAAUGGAGAGAGAAAGUGUUUGUGUUCGACUGCCAUGAUGAAUGUUUGUGUGAAGAAUGGGUUGAUAGUAUACAGAGCAUUCUUUCAGGUUUUAACAGGCCCAAAAGAUUGCUGGUUUUUAUCAAUCCAAUUGGGGGAAGAAAAUUAGGUCGUAAAAUAUACACAGAGCAGGUGCAACCAUUAUUUGAACUAGCCAACAUCAAGGUUGAUUUAAUAGUUACUCAGAGAGCAAAUCAUGCAAAAGAUUAUCUUCUAAAAGAGGGAUUGGAGAAAAUUGAUGGUGUCAUCUCUGUUGGUGGAGACGGUAUGUUCCAUGAAGUCUUGAACGGACUUUUGAUACGAGCUCAACAAGAUGCCAUGUUGGAUUCAACAUCCCAUAACUUCCAACCUGUACCACUAAAUAUUCCCAUAGGUAUCAUACCUGCAGGGUCAACAGAUGCUAUUGCCUUCUGCACAACUGGAAAUAAUGAUCCUAUUACUUCAGCCCUGCAUAUAAUUUUAGGUGACCUUCAGCCGCUCGAUGUCUGCUCAGUCAGACGAAAGAAUGAAAUAUUACGUUACAGUGUUGUCAUGGUAGCAUAUGGAUUCUUUGGUGACGUCAUGCAGGAUAGCGAGAAACUUCGCUGGAUGGGUCCUAAACGUUAUGACUUUUCUGGCUUUAAAAAAUUCAUGACAAACCGGGGCUAUGAUGGUGCAGUUACUUUUCUACCGGCUCAAAAUACAGAGCAUGCGCCACGAGACAGAACUAGAUGUCGGUCUGGCUGCCAUGUUUGUAGUGAUUUUUGUGACUCAGGUCAGCAACGUGACUUUCAACAGUCCACAACAGGUUGGCGUUCCAUUAAAGGUCGCUUCAUCAGUGUCAUUGGUGCAAAUAUUUCAUGCGCAUGCGCCAAGAGUCCCGAAGGUCUUUCUCCCAGUGCGCAUCUAGCUGACGGCUGUUUGGAUCUCAUUCUUGUUCGACAUACAUCACGCCUACAGUACCUUAGACAUAUGAUCAGAAUCUCUUCCAGGGCAGAUCAGUUUAACUUCGAUUUCGUGGAAAUUCAUCGCGUGCGGGAGUUUUACUUCCGGCCUCUAUGUGAGGACAGUGAGACUGGUGACGAAAACGACGGCAGUGAAGAGACUGGAACUAGAGAUGAUGACGAAGAGCGGCUGGCCGCAAAAACGUCAUCAGUGACGCCACGACCCCGCGCCAGGAGCGUUUGGAACGUGGAUGGAGAGUUGGUUACACAUUCUGCCAUACACGUAAAGGUGCAUCGCCAUCUUAUUCGCUUAUUUGCCCGAGGAAUUGAAGAAUGUGACGAUACUCCAUCGUGCACAGUUUGUAGAAGACGUUGAAUUUAGCUUAAACUUCAGACUGUUAUCUUGUUCCACGAUUCUCUUGGGCAUAGAAGCUGGUAAUGCCCUUCCUUGGUACAUAACUGGCAGCGAAUCCUGUAUUCUAAUUUAUUAGCUGCAUGGCUAACUUGAGCUUAUAAUGCCCGCUCUGCAUUUAAAUUUUCAUUUUGCAUCAUGUGA